AGUGGCUACAUCUAGUUGCAAUAUUUGGUCGAUGUCAGCAUUGGAAAUUGGAAGUUUGCUUUCAGUUUUAAUUUAAAGAUUAUUCAGGUUUAAUCAAAGUGAAUUUAAGUUACAAUUUCAACAAGAAUGGAAGCACCUAGUGAAGCUGAGAUUGCUCGCGCCAAGCUCGAUAAAUUAUCCCUUUACACUAGUGAAAAGAGUGGUGACGAUGAUGCUGGCGAUGGUAGUUUUGAAAACCCCUUUAAAACCAUUCAGCGGGCUGUUAAAAAGUCAAUUGAGUUGAAAAAUGAAAAUAUGGAAGUUUUUAUGGACGCAAAAGAAGGCGCCGGUGAUGAGAAAUACAUGCAAGUUCCAAAGACCCAGAUAAAAAAGCUUCGUAAAACGUGUGUUAGAGAUACAUAUAAGCAAAUAGAGAAACCAGUUGUUGACAUAGAAGCUAAAGAAGCUGAAGAAGAAGCUAGAAGAGAGAAAAAUUUGGAAGAUGCUAAAAAGAUCGUUAUUUCCCUUGAUACUAGUCUACCAGUUAAAUGUGUUAAAAUUUCUCAAUGCUGCAACUUGAGAAAUGAACGAUUGCAAAUCAAUGGUUGGGUUCAUCGUCUAAGACGGCAAGGGAAAUCUUUAAUGUUCAUUCUUUUAAGAGAUGGAACUGGGUUCCUACAAUGUGUACUCAACGGUAAACUUUGUCAAACUUACGAUGCUCUUUUGCUUCAAACUGAAGCUUCUGUUACGGUUUAUGGUACUCUGAAAGAAGUUCCCGAUGGAAAAGCUGCACCUGGUGGUCACGAACUUGUUUGUGAUUAUUGGAGUUUAAUCAAUAAUGCCCCUCCUGGUGGUAUUGAUCAUGUUUUCAAUGCUGAAUCUGGAGUUGGAAUUCAAAUGGACCAGCGUCAUCUUAUGUUAAGAGGAGAAAAUUUGUCAAAAAUAAUGAAAGUCCGAGACAUAAUCACUAGAUCAUUUAGGGAUCAUUACCACGAAAAAGGAUAUUUCGAAGUUACUCCACCGACUUUAGUUCAAACAGCCUGUGAAGGAGGUUCAACUUUAUUCAAGUUUUCAUAUUUCGGUGAAGAAGCUUAUCUCACUCAGUCAUCACAACUUUACUUGGAAACCGUCAUUCCUGCUCUUGGUGACGUCUAUUGUAUGGCACAGUCUUAUCGAGCUGAGCAAUCUCGUACACGUCGACAUCUUGCUGAAUACACACACAUUGAGGCUGAGAGGCCUUUCAUAACAUUUGAUGAACUAUUAGAUGAUUUAGAAGAUUUAAUAGUCGAUGUGGUGGAAAGAACUUUAGCUAACCCAGUUGCUGCUGAAAUUCUCAAAGAAUUGAAUCCAAACUUGAUAGUACCUAAGAAACCAUUUAAGCGAAUGAAUUAUGUUGACGCUAUUGAUUAUCUGAAAAAACAUAAUAUAACUAAAGAAGAUGGCUCAUUUUAUGAAGUUGGAGAAGACAUACCAGAAUUACCUGAGCGAAAGAUGACUGACCAGAUAAAUGAGCCAAUCCUAUUAUGUCGCUUUCCUAAAGGAAUCAAAGCAUUUUAUAUGUCCAAGUGUCCAGAGGAUAGAAAUUUAACCGAAUCUGUUGAUGUGCUGAUUCCUGGAGUUGGUGAAAUUGUUGGAGGAUCAAUGAGGAUAUGGAAAGAAGAAGAGAUGAAUGAAGCUUUCAAAGAAGCAGGUAUUAACCCUGAAUCAUAUUAUUGGUAUGCAGACCAAAGAAAAUUUGGGUCGUGUCCACACGGGGGUUAUGGACUCGGUCUCGAAAGAUUUGUUACUUGGAUUUGUAAUCGGGAUCAUAUUCGUGAUACAACACUCUAUCCUAGGUACAUUACUCGAUGUACUCCAUGAUUGGAAUAAUGUGAUAAGUCCAAUAUUUUGGCUGUCACAUGUUUCUCAGCUCGUAUCUAUAUUUAUACAUUGAUUCUGAUAAUUUGAUUGUUGGAUAAUGAUUUCAACAUUUUGUUGAAAUAUCUGUCCAAGAUGGAUUUAAUUUAUAAAUUGGAAUCGUCCUAAAUCCUGGUGAAAUAAUAAACGAAUUUAAUUAUUCUUAAA